UUCAACCCACGGACUCGGCCCGGCACCGCUCCACACCAAGCUGCCCCCUCCCAAUUCUGCUUGGCUGGUUCGCCAGCUCACCCUUGUCCCACACAUCCCACUUCUUCAACCUCCUGGUUCUGGUCCUGAUGUCGUUCGAGUCGAACGGCAGCCAGUCGUCCCAGACGCAGCCGAUCCCGUUGAGUGACUUCCUCAGCAUCCACGAUGAUCACCACUUCGUAUGGGACGACGCAAACCGGGAGGUGUCGGACGACUGGCUGGCUCCUGUCGAGGAAGCCUACCUCGACCCCAAGAAGCACAAAGUAUUCCACCACUCGAGCAAGGAAUACCUCACGCCGCCCAGCCCGUUCGUGCAACAAGGCCCGGAACUUGGAGACUCGGGCUCGACCAUCGUGUACCGGGUCACCUCGCCGGAGGGCUACGCCUAUCGCCGGCCUCUCGCCCUCAAGGUGAUAGUCUGCAAGGAGAACUCGCGGCCGCCGGGGCCAGACAGCAAGGCACGCAGCGAUGCCCUCAAGGAGGUCCGCACCAUGUCUUCGCUGAGGCACCCGCACAUCGUCGCAUACGUGGCAUCGUUCGAGGACUACUGCAUUCAGACCAGAGAGAUUAAGCGACGCCAGAGAGGCAAGGCUCAUGCCAUGCUGCUCAGGGUAAACCAGCGGAUCAAGAAGCACAUCUUGGGUAUCGCCAUGUACCCGCCUGCGCAAUGCAACCUGCACACCUUCAUGGACGAGGUUAUCCAGAGCCCCAAGGAGGCUGGCUGGAUCCUGCCCCAUCUCCACACGUACUUUGGCUGCCUUGCGCAGGCAGUAGCAUAUCUCCACCGGCAGAGUGUGCGGGUACGCCACAAGGACAUCAAGCCGGACAACAUCGUUAUCGACGACUUUGGCCUGCCCGUGCUGACCGACUUCGGCCUCUCCAAGCACUUUGAGAAGGGCCAAGACUCAGUAGGCCCGACCCCGAAGACACUGAAAUACGCCGACCCGGAGGCAAUGCACGAGGACCGGCGGGACGAGCGCUCCGACAUUUUCUCGCUGGGCUGCGUCUUCCUCGAGAUGGCCACCGUCCUUCUCGGCCAACCGGCCAAGUUUGCCGAAGACCAACUGUCCAUCGACAACAACAGUGGCAGUGGCGACAGCGACGCACAGUCCAUCUCUUCCUCGGGGACGGUUUCGGGCGAAGUGAGCGCCGAGUUCAAAUACUCGCAAUCCCUGCACAACCUCGACAACUACCUGAAAACACUAACCAUCCUCUCGCGCGACCUCAUCGCGGCGGACCCGUCCCGCGAGGCGUCAGUCAAGGCCGUGCUGGCCACCCUCCCCUACAUCCGCCGCAUGAUGGACGAGACGCAGGCGCGCCGGCCCGAGGCCCACCAGCUGUACCCGUGGUUCCGCCACCUGUGCGACGUCUACGACACCCCCGGGCCCUGUCCCAACUGCGAGGAGGAGCGCCGGACCGGGCGGGCGAUCCCCAGCCGUAGCGGGAGCCGCAGUCCGACGCUCAACCGGAGCGGGACGGCCGGCACCGUCGGGGGUGGGAGCGCGUUUUCCCAGCCGCUCGUGAGGAGAGGGACGACCGCGUCUAUGGCGACCACCAUGUCCGUGUCUAUGCAAUGAUCGUGGGCUUCGCAGGGGCCUAGGGGGGACCACAAGCGGAUGGGAGGUUGGAGUUUGGACUGAUAUGGGGGGCGAUGGGAUCUGGGGACUUGUGUGAGUGAGUUACUAUUUUGGGGGGGCAUGGCGUUCAGCUUGCGUUU